UGGCUCAAUACGAGUGUGUGCGCUACAGUAGUACCGGAGGAUGAACAUGGACAGCGGCUGCACGGCGGCUCCCCUCCCCGGCAAAAGCAGCUGGGGAGAAAGCUGAACGUGGAGAGAUCAAUAUGCAGAGAUAUCUUAUCAAUACAUAAACCGGAUACAAGGAGUGCAAAGAUGACCGAGGGCAGACUGUGCCAAGUGCAGCUGCUGGAGGACAGGAAGCUGGAGCUGCUGGUUCAGCAAAGGCUGCUGUCGUACGAACUCCUCGACCUGGUGUCCUCACACUUCAACCUCAAAGAGAAGGAGUUCUUUGGAAUCGCAUUUUGUGAUGACAAUGGGCAGCGUAAAUGGUUGCAGAUGGACCGCAGAGUUCUUGAACAUGACUUUUCCAAGAAGUCUGGGCCCAUUGCCCUCAACUUCCUGGUCAGGUUCUAUCUAGAAAGCAUCACACAGCUUAAGGACAUCACCACGGUGGAGUUAUUCUUCCUGAAUGCAAAAUCUGCCGUCUACAACGGGAUUAUAGAGGUGGAGAGUGAGAACGUCUUCAAAUUAGCCGCAAAUGCUUUGCAGGAGGCGAAGGGGGACUACACAAGGUAAGUGCAUACUCUCAGCUGGGUAAGAGUUAUUUAACAGCAGCAGGACAUGUUAAUAGAGAGCUCUUAGCGAAGGCAUUCAAUCGUCACAGCAGAAAUCAAUAGCAGUG